GAUAAGUACAUGUACUCAAUGGAAGGCAAAGACAACAAAGUACACGGUUGGAUAUCGUCAGACCGACAUGUUGGGUUCUGGAUGAUUACUCCCAGCGAUGAGUUCCGUGUCUGUGGCCCCGUCAAACAAGAUCUUACUUCUCAUCUGGGUCCCACCACUCUUUCUAUGUUCACAAGUGUACACUACGCGGGAAAAGAUAUGAACACAACAUAUGAUAGCAAGGAGCCAUGGAAGAAGGUGUUUGGUCCUGUUUUUGUUUAUCUCAACUCGGCCUCUUCUCGUAAUCUUCUUUGGACCGACGCUAAACGACAGAUGGUUUCCGAGGUCCAAAGCUGGCCUUAUGAAUUCGUGAAGUCAGUAGAUUACCCUCUCCAUCACCAAAGAGGAACAGUUAACGGUCAAUUCUUUGUCAAAGACAGGUACAACAAUAACAAGGAAAACUUAUUCGGGAAAUUUGCUUUUGUGGGAUUAGCAUUACCUGGUGAAGCUGGUUCAUGGCAAACCGAAAACAAGGGAUAUCAAUUUUGGACACGAGCAGACAAUAUGGGGAUGUUCACAAUAGCGAAUGUUCGACCUGGGGAUUAUAGUCUCUACGCGUGGGUUCCUGGAUUUAUCGGUGACUAUAAAUACGAACGUGACAUUACCAUCACACACGGUGAGGAGAUAAAUGUAGGAUCCAUAGUGUACGAGCCACCGAGGAACGGUUCGACAUUGUGGGAGAUCGGAGAACCGGAUCGAACCGCCGCAGAGUUCUAUAUCCCAGAUGCGGACCCAACCCUUUUGACCAAACUCAAUCUUAAUAACGCAAAUCGUCAAGACAGAUUUAGACAAUAUGGUCUAUGGGAUCGUUACAGUGAUUUGUAUCCACGAAACGAUCUUGUUUAUACUGUUGGAGUGAGUGACUAUACAAAAGACUGGUUCUAUGCACAUGUCAACAGGAAAGCUGGAAACGGGACAUAUAAAGCAACGACAUGGCAAAUUAAGUUCAAUUUAAAAGCAGUGACUGAACCUGCUGGAAUCUACACACUUCGAAUAGCUUUGGCUUCAGCCACAACUGUUAAUCUUAUGGUUCGGGUCAACGAAGCUAAUUCCGAACCAGUUUUUAUCUCUGGGCUAAUAGGUCGGGAUAACGCUAUCGCGAGGCAUGGGAUUCAUGGGUUGUACAGAUUGUACAAUAUCGAUAUCCAUGGAAAGUUUCUUAGGGUUGGUUAUAAUACGAUAUAUCUUAUUCACGGUCGGGACAGAUCUGAUUUUUUGUCAGGUGUAAUGUAUGAUUAUCUUCGUUUGGAAGGUCCUUCCGGAGUCUGAUAUAUAUGGGUUAAACUUGUUGCUUGUACGGUUUAUAUCUAACACUAGAUUAGG